AAGAAUAAAAAUCAAAUCUGGGAGAUAGAGAGAGAGAGAGAGAGAGAGAGAGAGUUGUACUGGGAAGAAGAAAAAAAAAAAGAAGGAAAGAAAAGAGAGAAGGUGAAGUCCAGCACUAACUCAUAGGAGAGAAAGGAAUUCACUUUCUGCCCUCUCAAUCUUUCCAGUUGUCUAAUCCCACACCUCCUUCCCUUUUCCUCCUUAACUUCCCUUCCCAUCAUCAUCCUCUUCUCCCCUCUCACCAACCUCCUCUUUGCACCCCUUCCCCACCUGAAUUCCCACUCCCUCUCCAAAUCCACUGAGAUCCGCCGCUUAAUGUACCACCACCGGAUGCGCAGCUGCCACACGACGCCGUUCUGAGAAGAUGCAAGGCGGGCAGUCCCAUUACGGAGCUUCAGCUCCAGCUCCAGCUCCAGCUGCCGAAGGGGCCGCUGCUACUACUUCCAUGGCGGCGGAGGCAGCAGCAGCAGACCAAACGCAUGUAGUUGAAGAGGCUUCCCCCAUCAGCAGCAGGCCGCCGGCGGGAGGAGCAAUCUCCGCCGUCAAUUUGGACGAGCUCAUGACGCUCUCCGGUGCAGCAGCUGACGUGGCGGCAGAUCAAGGCGGUGGCGGCGGUGGAGGUUCCGGCGGCGGGAACAGAUGGCCGCGUCAGGAGACGCUGGCGCUUCUUAAGAUUCGGUCCGAGAUGGAUGUGGCCUUCCGCGACGCCACUCUCAAAGGUCCCUUAUGGGAAGAUGUUUCCAGGAAGCUAGCGGAGCUGGGUUACAAGCGAAAUGCGAAGAAGUGCAAAGAGAAAUUCGAAAACGUUCACAAGUAUUAUAAGAGGACCAAAGAAGGCCGGGCCGGGCGGCAAGACGGCAAGAGUUACAAGUUUUUCAGUGAGCUGGAGGCGCUCCACGGCACCACCGCCAACGUGUCGGCUUCUCCGCCGGUCCACGUCGCCAACACUCCGGUUUCUAUCGGUUUCGGAUCCAUCAGCAGCCCGAUGCCCAUUUCGUCCUUCCGGAUGACUAGUGGCAGUGGCACCACUUCUACUAUUCCGGGUAUGACCUCGCAGGGUGGGGGUGCGGGUGCGGGUGCAAUUCCAGUAAUGCCCUCGUCCCAACCACCACCGCCCCCGGCCCCUCCCAUGGACAUGAAUUUCUCUUCCAACAGCUCCUCCUCCUCCUCGCACGAUGAGUACGAGGACGACGAUGAGGUGGCGGGAGAGCCGUCGACGAACACGAGCCGGAAGCGGAAGAGAGGUUUAGGGACGAGGUCGUCGUCGUCGAGAGAGGGCGGCGGAAGCACGAGAAGGAUGAUGGAGUUUUUCGAGAUUCUGAUGAAGCAGGUGAUGCAGAAGCAGGAGACGAUGCAGCAGAGGUUUCUGGAGGUGAUUGAGAAGAGGGAGCAAGAUCGGAACAUAAGGGAAGACGCUUGGAAGAGGCAAGAGAUGGCCAGGCUGACUAGAGAGCACGAGCUCAUGACUCAAGAGCGAGCCAUUUCGGCUUCCAGAGACGCCGCCAUUAUCGCUUUUCUGCAGAAAAUUACCGGCCAGACUAUCCAAUUGCCUCCGCCCCUAAACGUCCACAAUGCUCCUCCCCCGCCGGUGCCGCCGUCUGUGUCGUCGGUCCAUGUCACGCCAGUAUCAGCACCACCGCCGCAACCAUCAGUUCAACAAUUUCAUCCGCACGCUACUCCAACUGCUCAAGUUUCACGGCAUCAAAUUCAAACUGCGAUCCCUCCUCAUCCUCAGACGGAGGUAGUUAUGGCUGUGCCGGAGCAACAGGUGGCACCGCCACAGGAGAAUGUAGUCGGUAGUGGAGGAGGUUUUGAGGCAACAACCUCAUCGUCGAGGUGGCCCAAGGCGGAAGUUCUUGCACUGAUAAAGCUGAGGAGCGGACUGGAGACUAGGUAUCAAGAGGCUGGGCCGAAAGGCCCACUUUGGGAGGAGAUUUCCGCAGGGAUGCAGCGAAUGGGGUACAAGAGGAAUCCCAAGAGGUGCAAAGAGAAAUGGGAGAACAUCAACAAGUACUUCAAGAAAGUGAAGGAGAGCAACAAGGCUAGGCCUGAAGAUGCGAAAACGUGUCCUUAUUUUCACGAACUUGAUGCACUCUACCGGAAGAGGGUACUCGGCGGUGGCCCUAGUGGUGGUGGAAGCAGCAGCUCAUUGGGUAAUCAGAAUAUCCAACAACAGCCACCGGCUACUCAAGGGACAGUAGCAGCUUCUGUGCCUGCACCACAAACACAAGGAACAGUAGCAGCUACUGAUCAAUCAGGAAACAAGAAUGGCGAUCAUAGCCCAAAUCUGCAAAAGAAUCUCUUUGGAGAUGCACCUGAAGAGGCAGCCAAGAAGCCAGAAGACAUUGUGAAGGAGUUGAUGGGGCAACAGCAACAACAACAUCAUCAUCAUCCACAACAACUACUCAACCAACAAGGGGUGGAGCAGCAAUUAGUAGUAGAAGACUAUGAUAGAGUUGAGGAAGCUGACAGCGACAUCAAUCUCGAUCAAGAUGAGGAGGAAGACGAAGAUGACGAAGAGGAUGAAGAAAUGGAUGAGGAGAGCAGGAAGAUGGAUUAUAAGAUUGAGUUUCAGAAGCAACAGAAUACAGGCCCUUCAUCUAAUGGGGGAGGCAAUGGGGCACCCUCCUUCUUGGCAAUGGUUCAAUGAUGGAUCAUGUGAUGAUCUCGACCUUCCUUCUUGGCCCAAAUCUGUACAAUAUGUACGUAUCUACAUGUUCAGAAGCUCAAGUAAGAUACCUAACAUCUAUCUGAGCUUGAAAAUCCAUGAUAACCUUUAAUUCCUCCACUUUCCUUCUUCUUUUGUUGUUAAUUUUCUUCUUUUGGUCCCCAUCAUCGUCUUCUUCUGUUUUUUGUUGUCCUCCUUCUUCUACUUCUUUUUCUUCUUCAUCCAAUUGGGUAGAGAGUUAAUGUAUAGCUUCUCUGAGAUGAAUUAAUAUCUUGGAUGGCAAGUACUCAUCAUCAUUUGUAUCAGUUUUUCCAAUUUAUUGAUUUAUUGGUGAAUAAAGAACCGUUUUCAAGGGAAAAAACGGAGAGGGGGAUUGGAUUAAGACACACUGGGAAAUAAAGCUGCAGCAGUAGCAGUAGCAGUAGCACCUUCAUAGUUGUCCUUAGUGAGAGAUAUGAGAUACAGAAGAAAACAAACAAAGCCCUGCGCGCUGAAAAAGAAAGAGAUCAGGGAGAAGUGGACAGUUUCAUCAGAAGCAGAAGCAGAUGAUUCAGUUAUUCUUUUUUUUCAUUUCACUUUUUAUUUAAUUUGUAUGCUCUGGUUAAGUUUCAAGUUCUUUGUAACUUGCUUGGUUUGAAUGAAUGAACAAACUGGGCUCUCUAGAAUUCAUCUUCACUAUUCACAUUGUUCAUUAACUAUUUCCUCUUUCA